AUGAGACCCAAUACAUCCCUCCUUUUAGCAUGGGCUCUCCCUCUGGCCCUGGCGGUCCCAGCACCACUUCCUGUUGAGGAUCGUUCUGCCUUGGAACAACGAAACGCUUAUCUGGAACAUCUGGAACAACGCGCUCCUAAUGAGGAGGGAGCUACUAUAGAAGAGCGGGCUCUUCUCGAAGAACGGUGCGGUGGUGGCGGAUGUGGUAGCUGCACAGGUAGCGGGUGCGGUGGUGUCCAAGUCGCCGCCGUUCCAGAAGUUAUUCAGAGCAGUCCGUGCACCACGUGCGGGGAGGUUGUCGUUCCUGGACCACCAGGACCACCUGGACCUCCUGGACCGCCAGGAAUCUCCAGUAUUGGUCCUCCAGGACCUCCUGGAAUGCCUGGCGGUCCCGGUCCAGUAGGUCCUCCUGGCCUUCCUGGCGGUCCCGGUCCCGUCGGUCCUCCCGGUCUCCCUGGCGGUCCCGGUCCCGUCGGUCCUCCCGGUCUCCCUGGCGGUCCCGGUCCCUGGGUGCUCCCGGGGUGGGCGUCGUCGGACCCCCAGGACCCCCGGGACCUAUUGGACCAACCGCUAUCCCUUACCUCAGCUAUGGACUUGGGUAUCCUGGGGGAUAUGGAUAUGGCGGAUUUGGCGUCCGGGGAAUUGGGUACCCUGGAUAUGGCUAUGGUGGUUAUGGAGGAUAUGGGUUUGGAGUGCGUGGCAUUGGGGGAUAUGGAGGAUAUGGCGGUUAUGGAGGGUUUGGUGCCCGUGGUUUUGGAGGGUAUGGAGGAUAUGGAGGAUAUGGUGGGGGUUUUGGCGCCCGUGGAUUUGGAGGUCGUCCGUGAACAACAACAGGAUUGGACGUGA